UAUGAGCUCACAGCUGUCAAACAAAAUGAUUCAUAACAUAAAUUGGGAAAACUAGAAUAUUAUCAAUACUGCGAAAUUAAGCCAAUUGUGCUUAAAAUAUACAUAAAAACCACUCCAAACACAACAAAAAGUAUUUAAUUAACUAAGUUUAUUUGUGCAGUUUUUCAUUUGUAUAAAGGCCAUCAAACUGGGUAACGAAAUGUCAACAUCGUCCAUGGAAAAACACCUUUUUAAUUUAAAAUUUGCGGUUAAGGAGUUGGAGCGCAAUUCGAAGAAAUGUGAAAAAGAGGAGAAGCUGGAAAAGGUCAAGGCCAAGAAGGCCAUACAGAAGGGCAACAUGGAUGUGGCACGCAUACAUGCGGAAAAUGCUAUAAGACAAAAAAAUCAAGCAGUUAAUUAUUUGCGUAUGAGUGCACGUGUGGAUGCGGUGGCAAGCCGUGUGCAAUCGGCGUUAACUACGCGUAAGGUAACCAGUUCAAUGGCUGGUGUGGUGAAGGCUAUGGAUGCCGCAAUGAAGGGCAUGAAUUUAGAGAAAAUCUCCUCACUGAUGGAGAAAUUCGAAUCACAAUUUGAAGAUUUGGAUGUACAAAGUUCGGUUAUGGAGAAUACAAUGUCGGACACAACUACAACUUCAGUACCUCAAGGAGAUGUUGACAAUCUACUACAACAGGUGGCAGAUGAGGCUGGCUUGGAGUUGAAUAUGGAAUUGCCCAGUGGUGUACAGAGUUCUACAAUUGGCGCCUCAACACAAGUAUCACAAGAACAAGACGAGUUGACACAGCGACUGGCACGUUUAAGACAAGCCGAGUAAAUACACUGCAUUUAAGGUCAAUAAAUCCAAUUUGAUUUUGCGGUUUUGAUAGUUUUUUUGGUAUUACUUUAUAUUAAUAAAAAGCGAACAUUUUUAAAUGAUUUAAAA